AUGAAGGGCAAGCGCUCUCCAGGCACCGCUCUUUACGAUAAAUUGCUCGUGCCUCGCAUAGAAAAUUAUGGCUCCAACUCGGACAUAACAGAUACAGACGCCGUGUGCGAGUACCUGAGGCGCAACUACAAGGAAUACAGUCGGCACAAGCUGCCGGUGUUCAGGCAGCAGGUGGAGCGUGCUGUAGAGACGAUCGCGCGCCGGGGCGGCGUCACCAAGGCAGAAUUGCGCCUACAGGCAACGGAACGGCAGCACGUGAGCAGCCGCAGCAGGGAGCCAGCCAGCAGCGGCGGGCGAGCCACCACCGCCGGCAGCGGCAGCAGCAGCAGCAGCGGCGACAGAUCAGGCAGCGAGGGCGGCGGCAGCAGCGACCUGGAGCUGGACGCUGAUGCGCCGGACUUGCAGGCAGACAGCCAGGCAACGCCCGGCACCGGCAUGAACAGAAGCAUGAUGUCACUGUAUGGCGCCGGGCCACGCACCGAGGCUGGUUCCGCUGCCGGUGGUGCCGCAGGGGCAGCCGCAAUGAUUCCGGGAGAGGCACAGGCCGCGGAAGGCCAGCAGCCCGCAUUUGCGCCCGUCCACGUCAUUGCUGCGGCGGCGGCCAGAGCCGCCAAGGAGGUGGCGCAGCAGAAGGCAGCGGCAGCAGGCGGCGGCGACAGCAAGCAGGCGGGCGCCAGCGGGAGCAUGGAGGUGUGCUCGCAGGGCGCUGCGGCGGCGCAGCAAGCCGCCCCCGCCUCCCCUUCCGCCAAGCAGCAGCAGGAGCAGGAGCAGGAGGCCGCACCCAGCACCAGCGGGCGGCCUGCCCCCGGCACCGUCGCUAAGAACAAGCGUGGCGGCGCCACCCCGGCAGACAGCCUUGGCCACAUCCCCGCCGCCGCCCCGCCCCGCGCCGCCGCAGACGAGAUCGACGCCAUUGCUCCCAAGCGGGAGACGGCGCAGCGCGAGAUGGAGCGCCGCAUCGUGGCACAGAUGCUCACCUGCAUGGACGACCUGUCCAGCCUGUACGCACAGUCGUCACACGACGCGCAGCAGCAGGGCGCCGACGACGGCCAGGGGCAGCCGGGGCAGCCGGGGCAGCGGCCGGGGGCGGGCGCCGAGGGCGAGGCGGCGGCGCGGCUGCUGGAGGGCAAGCACGUGGUGGUGGUGGGGGCCACCAACCGGCCCGACGCGCUGGAUCCCGCGCUGCGGCGUGCGGGGCGCUUUGACCGCGAGAUCGCCAUGGGCAUCCCCUCGGAGCAGGCGCGCCUCCAGAUACUGCAGGUGCUGGCGCGCCGCCUGCGCCUGUCUGGCGACUUUGACUUCCGCGCCGUGGCCAAGCGCACGCCCGGCUUUGUGGGCGCUGACCUGGCGGCGCUGAUGAAGGAAAGCGCGGCGCUGGCGGUCAAGCGCAUCUUCCAGCAGCUGGAGGCGGCGGCGGCGGUGGAGGCGGCAGAGGCAGAGGCAGAGGCAGAGGCAGAGGCGGGCGCCGCGCCGGCCAGCCCCGGGGCCGCCGACGCCGCCCCCCUGCAGCCCCAGCGGCAGCAGCAGCAGGGGGGCGCCCCUCUGCAGGACGUGCGGCAGCCCGCGGCGGCGGGUGCGGAGCAGCGGCGGGGCGGCGGCGCGGGCCCCGCGCGCCGCCUGGGCGGCGGCGCGCUGAGCGCUGCUGAGCUGGCAGGCCUCGCCAUCACCAUGGCCGACUUUGAGGAGGCGGUGCCCAAGGUGCAGCCGUCGGUGCGGCGCGAGGGCUUUGCCACCACCCCGGACGUGACGUGGGACGAUGUGGGUUCGCUGGGCGACGUGCGGGAGGAGCUGGCCUUUGCCAUCACCCAGCCCAUCGCACACCCGGAGGUGUUUGAGGCCAUGGGACUGCAGGCCGCCACCGGGUACUUUGGCGCAUCGCCAGGAAAGCAGGCUGCCUCGACAGCGGUGAAUGCCUUCAAGCAGGCGGUGUCGGCGGCUGCGGCGCCCCCCGCGGCGGCAUCGCCAGCCAAGGCCACCACGGCUGCCAUUCACGCUGCCACCAAGUCGGCGUCGCCCAAGCCCACCGCCCCCUCCCCUCCUCGCUUCAUCAUGCCCACGCACCAGCCCAGCUUUGCCCCGGGCACCAUGCUGAUGCGCAUGCAUUCCAGCCACACCAGCAAGCCCUGCUGA